AUGGCCAUCAUCGCAGUCGCCGGUGGUACGGGCAAACUCGGUCGGGCGAUCGUGGAGGCUCUGAAAGCUACCACUAGCCACACUAUCUAUAUUCUGGCUAGAAAGGAAAACCAGGAUCUCUCUGAAGAACUCGGUGUUCCGAUUGUACCGACUCAAUAUUCCAACGUUGAGUCCCUUGCCAAGCUCUUGGAAGAGAACAAAAUAGACACCAUUGUUUCUGCAAUGACAGUUGUCGAUGAUGAUACGAGCAGCUCGCAGCUGAACCUCAUUGCGGCAGCUGAUCAAUCGUUGAGCACAAAGCGUUUCAUUCCCAGUGAAUAUGGCAUUGCUUACACCGAAGAGCAUGCAGCCUUGUUUCCUAUUGUGAAAGGCAAGCUUGCUGCAGUUCAAAAGUUGCAAUCCACGACUUUGGAAUAUACUUUAGUCUCUAAUGGUUUCUUCAUGGACUACUACGGUCUACCCCGGGUAAAAAGUUACCUACAACCUUUUGUUUUCGCUCUCGACAUGGCACACAACGCGGCUGCUAUUCCAGGCUCGGGCAACACUCCUGUGGUCUUCACUCAUACCUUUGAUGUGGCAAAGUUUGUUGCCGCUUUGAUUAGCCAAGCUGAUUGGCCUAAGCGCAGCGUCAUCAUUGGAGACAAGAAGACGUGGAAUGAGGCUCUUUCUAUCGCGGAAGAGACCAAAGGCACUAAAUUCAAUGUCACGUACGAUGACCACGAGAGACUGGGCUCUCUUACAGUUACCGAGCUUCCAUCGCAUUCUGCUAUCUACCCUUUCCUACCCAAAGAGAAACUCCAAUACAUCCUGGCUGUCUUUGGUCGGUGGACAGCUGCGGGAGAUUUUGAUUUUCCCGAGAAUGACACGCUCAACAGCCGCUUCCCGGAUAUUGAAACACGCACCCUUCGCCAGGUUAUAGAGCAGGGUUGGAAGGCCUGA